AUGAUAAGCUCAUCAACAUCAAGUCCUUCCAGUCACCCUUUUGCUUUGGGCUUAAAUUCUCCUUCAAGUUCUUCCCCAGCCUCUCAAAACCAACAAAAAGCCCCAGCAGCAACGACUGCUUAUCUCCUUGCUUCUGAUCUUUCUCUACGGGCUCACGGCCUUGGCAAGCUAGAAGAAUGGAAUCUGUUCUUGGGCUGCUUCUGCUUUUGGGUUCAAAUUGAAUGGAACUAUUUUUUAUUUGGAAAGAAUGGCAAAUUGAAAGAGCAGAUGGACAUGGAAGAAAGAUCAAAUUUUGGGUAA